AUGCAGUUCACCAUUUUCUUCCUUCUCACCGGUGCCUCGCUGGUGUUCCUGGCUGAGGUUCGCAGCUUUACGCUGCGUCAGCAGAAGAUGGUCAGCAUCUACGCCCUGGAGUGUAUGGCCGAAUCGGGCAUCGACGUUGCUUCGGUGACGAAACUGCGCGACGGUGAUGUCACCGCCGCCAGCAAGGCGAACCGCUCGGUAAAGUGUUUUAUGAAAUGCUUCUUCGAGAAGGAAGGCUUCAUCGAUGGCGACGGUCAGCUGCAGCUCGAGAACAUUACGGUCGCCCUGGAGAAGGACUACGAGCGGGGCACGAUCGAUGAGAUGCUGGUAAAGUGUGGCGUCCAGAAGGAGGAUGGCUGUGAAACGGCGUACCAUGCGUACGAGUGCUACCACGAUCACUACCAGAACCAGUAG